AAACAAUCAAGGUCAAACAGAAAGUAAACAUAUGUUUUCCAGGUAUUUUGUGUUGUGCUGACCAUGACAGCUGAAUCUGCAAAUGGUCUCCAAACAUUGGUAGAUCCAGUUGCAGAGGAUGUCAAGGUCGUUACACUUUUAAAUGAUUUCAUUAGUCAUCUCCUAGAGACGGCACAACAAAGGUCACCAGAUGGUAUCCAUGGCAACCAGAAGUUUCUGUGUCACACACUUGACUUUUUGACCUAUCUGCAGUAUUACUAUUCACGAAAUGCAGGGAAUAGCUGCCUGAUCUCAGAUAUUUUGUCUCAGUUGAGACAAUUGCUGGUCAUUGUCACAGAGACAGUUUACAUCAGUGCUUCCUCCUGUGUUUGUGUUGAUGCAGUUGAAAAUGUCAUAACCGUGCCAACCAAAACAAAAUGUCAGCUGAGAGAAUUGACAAGUCGAGUUGACAGGGUUACUAAUGUGGUUGUAACACUUCAAAACUCAACUCAAACUUUUUUGAAAGAGUCGACAAAAACAAAAUACCUUUCAGUUUCCGAAGAGGACCAUUUGGUUGCCAUGACUACAAGGUCAAAGCAGGUCAUUGACCUUUUAGAGGGUUGUGAGAUUUUGUUGUCUGCUGUGUCAACAGGAGUUAAAGAAAAGGCGACUUCAGAAAGAAGAUUCUUUAAUACAUCAUCUAUAGCAAUAGGAGCCAUUUGUGCAGGCCGACUUGCCUGGCAGCUUUUUAAAGGAGUUGAUACAGAGCAGUUGAUAACUUCAGGGAUCUGGGCUGGUAGUAUAGGUGUGUCUGCUGUUGUUCUACAAGUCCCGCGUCUAAAGAUGUCCGACGUUCUAAAUCGUCUGGAGCAUUGUGAAAAAGAAUAUGAACAAAUGAAAAAGAUUUCAAAGAAUUGGAAGUUGUCUAGUGAAUGGUCGUACUCCAGACUUGUCAGACUGCCUUCUCCUACAAAUGGCAUUAGAUUUAGUCUUAAUUAAAGAUAGAGGAUUAUUUAUAUAAUUUUUCUUUAUAGGUAGGUAGGAUAUAUUUUCAUAUCCAAACAGAGUUUUGUUUUACUUAAUACUAAAAUACAAAACUUUAAUAAAAUGAGUUGUGUUGGAUAGAAAUCUACCUUAUGCAAGUGUUGUUAUACAUGUACAUGUAUAAAAGUUUAAACUUUUAUUGAUUUUAGAACAUUUAAAGAGGAAAUAAAACAUGAAUUUUAUUCUGUUUUGUAGACUUUUUUUAAAAGCUCAUCUUCAAUCGACUACAUACUUUGACAUACUUUGCAUAGAGAUUUAAACCUGAAAUAUAUUAACAGAUGUAUUUGUAUUCAUUGGGAUAAGGUCGACUUCUAUCCACCACAGCUCAAAUGUAAAUGAUUAUAUCUAUAGAAACAUCUCUAGCUUUUAUAAGAUUAUGUACAGUGGACAUCACUUUAUUUAUUCAAGUUUAAAUGGAAAUUCAAUUUUUAAAAUAUUCCUUGAAUUUUUUUAUCUUUGUUAUUCUUAGUUUUUAUACCUCUGAAUAAGGUAGAUACCUCAUACUGUUCUAUUAAUACUCUAUUUCUAAUCUUAAAAGCUAUUGGAUAGCUUUUCCAUCAUAAUCAAUUUUAUAUGAUGUUUUUUUUUUAAAUGCUCAUAUUAUCAGUACAGUCCUAAUAGUAUAACAAGAAAAGAUAACUCUUAAUGCUUUUUUGAGAAAAAAAUCUUGGUAUCUAUAGAGUUGUUUCCCUUUUUACAUUUGUUUGUAAGGUGAUACAAAUAAUUUCAGAUGUUAUAUAUAUUUUUCAUGAUGAUUUUUGUAAUUACCUUUUUGAUUGGAGUGUCACCAAUGAGUCUUUUGUAGUUUUGGUUUGGAUAUUGUACACAAGAUAUUUUUUCUUUCAAACUAAACAUGAUCAUGUGUUAUUUUGCCUGUUUUGAAGCUGUUUGUAUAAUUUUGAAUACUGCUAUGUAAUUAUGAUGGAAUAAAUGAAAUAAUUGUAUUUACAAAAAAAACAUUUUUGAUGAAAUCUGAAAUUAUAUAAAAACAACAUAUAGAUAAAUAUUUUUAGGCUUUCACUGUGACUGGAAAAAGAAUAGUAUUAAAAGGACUGUCUGUGAUGUCUGUUUCUUUUCUUUUGUAUUAGUAAAGUGCAUGUCAGGAUUUAAUGGCAUAAAUUGUGCACCUAAUCUUUUUUUUUGCAUUUAUAUAUUUGAUUGCCAAAUUGCUUUUAUUUAUAUUCAGAAAGUAUUUACUAUUUUUCUUGUUUUAUUUACCCGGUACAUGAUAUAAUUAGAUAAUUUUUUUGUGUAGAAUGUGUUUCUUUGCAUGUUCAGCAUGUUAAGGUUAUGCUUGUUUGUUAGGAUUACUGUAUGUGAUAUUUUUGCAUGUAUGUGUUCUGUUAAUUCUAACAAAUAAGUAGGUCAGAUAGUCAAACAAGGUAUGAUACUCAAAUUGAUUUAAGAUUAAAGGGAGAUAAUUGUGAAGAUACAUGUGAAUAUAGUAUCUAUUGAGAUACAUGUGAAUAUAGUAUAUUUAUAAAAAUGGUCUUUGUCAUCAACUCUUUUUAAACAUUUAUGUGCAAUAGAAUAUGAUUAAUCUUAGCUAACAAGAAGCUUAUAAUAAAGUAAAGAAAAUGGUUGACAUAAAUGUUUCAGUGAUUAUAUACUAGCUCUACCUCUUUAAGUUUUACAAGACGUCCCUACUACUUUGUUCAGCAAAUUGUGUUUAUAAUCUACCAUUAGUUUUCAAAAGCAAGAUCAUUUUUACCUAUAUUGUUUGAUCGAGUAUAAAGGAUAUCUUUUUGUCUUUAUGAGCAUUUUUAUGCCUUGAUAGUAUCUUGUUAUUGUUAUGCAUUUAAUUUUACAUUUUGUGAUACUCUUGAGUCAAAUCUUUUAUGGUGCCUUUUUGUAUGCAGUUGUAGUUACAAUGGUGAUAAUAAAUGAUGUCAGAAAUUCAGAAAUUACUCUGGGAAUAUAUGAAAUGUGACUGAUUUCCAGCAGCAUAAGAAAGAAAUGAAAGACUAAGUAAUUAAUGGUAACUUUUGAACAACACAGACAUAGAAUAAAAUACAUGUACAUGUAUAUCACAUUUUAAAUUGAGCACACAUUUUCUUGUUAGAUAACAGCCAUAUUUUUAAGGUAUUUUUGUGUUUAUCGUAUCAGAAAAGUUUUAUGUGGGUGUAUUUUAAUAUUUGAAAGGAGUUAUUAUAUAUACUCGUAUGGUACUAUAUUUUUAAAUUUAUAAAAAAAAUUGUAUACCUUUGUUUAGUGGCAUUUUUUACUAUUUCUAUACUUUUAUUUGAAACAGAUAUUUUUAUAUAUAUAUAGAUAUAGGAGAUUGUGGUGUGAGUGCCAAUGUAUUAUUUUAGCAUUUUCUUUUGUGGAAAUGUUCUAGUUCCUUUCCUUUUUUUUUUUUUUUUGUUUAGCAAAAUACAGCGUUUUUCAAGAAACAAAUACUUAGAGGGCCUGUGCCUAACUUUAUUUGUGCAACCUAGUUAAUGGUCUCUCGUCAGAUUUAAAGAUUUUUUAUUAAUUGCAGAAAAUAGAUAUAUUAACUUGAUGGUCUCCCAAAAUAAAAUAAAUGAGUUUCCCUAAUAUUUAUUAUUGUUAUUUUUUAACUGUCUGUACAAUAAAUAGGGCUAUUUUUACGAGAUUUUACAAUCAGGAUAUAUAUGUAAUUUUGUUCAAAUAUAUAACAGAUAAGAGGUUUAAUACCUGUUAUUUAUCAACAUGAUAAAUGCAGUUAUUGUUGGCAAUCUUGAAUACGAGAGCUGUUUGCUUUCUUGAUCGAGUCAAUGUAAAUUGCAUUACUGUGAAAACUGCCAUGAAUGAUAAUUACUUGAACCACCUUCUGUGAUACUGUAGAUUUGUGUUAAUGUGGUAACUCUGUAAAGUUCGGCUGAAUGUUUUCUUCUUCCUUGCUAAGGACUGGAUUCUUUAAAAGAAUGUUAUAAGUCCACUUGACAGGGAAUCACUUUCUGUUAAGGAAAUAUUAUGCUUUAUAAUGAUCAAACUUAGUUUUUGAUAAACUGCAAUAUAUCCAAUGCAAUUUUUCUGAGUAAAAUCCAGCUUUUCAACAUGAGGAAAUGUCUGUAGCAAGUCAGGAAUAAGUUGUUUUCCAUUCAUCUGAUGUGUUUUGCUUUUGAUUUUGUCAUUUGAUAAGGGACUUUCUGUUUUUCCUUGGAGUUUGAUAUUCAUGUUAUUUUACUCUUCAUGCUCUUUGCUCAACUUUCUAAAUGUACUUAAUGUUUAUUUUAUACUGUGUCAUUUGGACCAAAUGUUUUAAAACAUGACAGAUUUUUUAAGAGAAAUCUAUUUAUAUCAAAGACAAGCACAUUUAGCUUUACAAGCAGUGUUUAAGACUUAAAACAAAUUUUCCUUUUUGCCUCAGAAUAUUAAUAGCUGGCAUACUUGGUUUGUACCUUUUUACAAAAUUCUUAUUUUUUUUUUUAAUUUAGAUAUAGACAGAAGGCAUCACUGUUGUAGGGAUCACUUUUGCAUGUAUAAAUUAAUUUCCAGUAAAAAAGUAGUACAAACAUCAUAAACAUGUCGAUAUAGCUAUCAUAGGUACCAGGAUUAUAAUUUAGUACGCCAGACGCGCGUUUCGUAUACAUAAGACUCAUCAGUGACGCUCAAAACAAAAAUAUUUAUAAACCCAAACAAGUACAAAGUUGAAGAGCAUUGAGGAUCCAAAAUUCCAAAAAGUUGUGCCAAAUACGGCUAAGGUUAUCUAUGCCUGGGAUAAGAAAAUCCUUAGUUUUUCAAAAAGUUCAAAGUUUUGUAUACAGGAAAUUUAUAAAAAUGACCACAUUAUUGAUAUUCAUGUCAGCACCGAAGUGUUGACUACUGGGCUGGUGAUACCCUCAGGGACGAAACGUCCACCAGCAGUGGCAUGGACCCAGUGGUGUAAAUAGUUAUCAAAGGUACCAGGAUUAUAAUUUAGUACGCCAGACACGCGUUUCGUAUAAGACACCUAUUUUACUGCACACUAAUUUGAAUUAUAUUUAAUAACUUUUUUUUAUAUUUGUAUUUUUUUCUAUGUGUUGAAAUGAUUGUGAUUUAGAUUGAUUUAUGUGUUUUAUGGCAUUUAUUCUAUGUUAUUAUGUAUUGUUAUGGGUAUGUGGGAAUAAAUUGUUUAUGUUACAUUAGAAUCAAAUUGUAUAUCUUUCAUAUCUGCAUUUGUUGAUUUAAAUACGUUAUGUUUUGAAAUGGUUGUGAUUUUAAAGAUAGUAUUGAAUAUGGAUACUGUGAAAUUAUUAAUAUUUGUAGGUACUUAUAUUCAUUGAUUUAGGAUUGUGGAUACUUGAUUAAAAUAUAAGAUGAAUACAAGCCUGAUAAACGCAAUACAUAUUUUAUUUAACAGUAAAACCAUUGUUAACCUUAACCCCAAAAAUACAGGAAUAUAAGUAUCCUACCAAUACUAAUGAAUUCUCAGUAUAUCUAUUGUUGAUUUUGUUAUGGCAUUUAUUGUUAUUUGUUACACAUUUAAUCAGAGAACUACUUACAUAUUGUGUAGUAUAUAAUAAAAUGUUAAAAUUU